AUGAAAUCCAAGAUGCGGUUCUCGAUGUUUCCAGUUAGCCUAGCGCUGGCACGUUGCCCAGCACCUCAAGCACCUGUUGGCACUUCGACUGCCAAGCGAGAUUCUGUGUGUGAUGGGAUCUUGAUGGAUGGCGAACAUUGCAUACCACUGUGUCCUGGCUAUGAUCCUUCACCUCCUUUGCUGUCUUGCUUUGGCGACCAGCUUGUGCCGGAAGCUUUCGCUUGCAAACCGCAGAGAACCUCCAAAGUGAGGGAAGAUACAGCUUUUGUCGAUGAUUUUCCAGUAUCAAACUGCUUGCAAGAAGCGGCUGAGUGCAGCCACCAGCGCCUGCAGUACGUCACCCAUUUGGCACAAUCAGGCACUUGGGAAGGCACGACAUGCACUGUCACCAUUUGUUUGGAUACUGUAUGA